AUGAAGCGCUUCUUCGAUGAUCCCAGGCUACACAUCGCGCGUCCAUUCACUCACACCCCACUUCAGCAUCCAAAUACCAGUAUCCGAGUCCUGAAUCUCGCAGCGAGUUCUGGUGGACGUCUGCGGUUUUCCAUGAAACAGCUCAAUAUCGCAGAUCCACCCGAGAAGCGGCCAAGAUUUAAAGCUCUUUCUUACACGUGGGGCACUGAGAAAGCCGACAAGGCAAUAUCCAUCGACGACAAGCUGUUCUACAUUCGUCCAAACCUGCACGCUUUUCUCGACAAGCUAAACACCGCACCAUGGUUCAAUCGCAAUGAUCUACUGUGGGUUGAUGCCGUAUGUAUUGAUCAGAAGAAUGUCAAAGAGAGAAAUCAGCAAUUGCGCUUGAUGAGCUGCAUCUACUCCUCCGCUCAGGUGGUGCUGAUCUGGCUCGGCGAGCUCGAUGUCUGGCUUGACCCUGAUGAAAGCACUAAUGAUGAGACUGUAACGGGCACAGCUGGGUCAUACAUUGCGGCACGCCCGUACUGGUCGCGAUUGUGGCCUUGUCAGGAGGUCAUCCUAGCAAAUCAGGUGGAGAUGAUUAUAGGAAAUCAACAACAUUCAUUCGAAAUGUUUGAAAACAAGGUAUACGGUUCCCGAUCCGAUGCCGCUCGCUCUUUGUACAUAUGGAGAUAUCUGAAUCGCGGCGCGACUUCGAAGCCUCGACUGAUUCAGGCUGUGGAGGUAUUCGGUCACCUAGAAUGUUCCGACGCAAGAGACAAACUCCUGGCAAUUUUGUCCUUGAUUUCGGAAGGCGACACAUUCCCCAUCGACUACAACGACACAAUAGAGGCGGUCUUCUGGAAAGCCUUGGAACACUUCAAUGGCAAGUACGGCUCCUAUCGCUAUGAUGACAGUGUUGCCGCAGGACUGCUCCUCAAGAGAACGUUCAAACUUAGCGACGUUCCAGAAGUUCCGAGUCUGCAUCAGCUCAGUAACUCACGAUCUCUCAAGAAGUCUGCUGGUUUUGAGACCCUUCAGAAAUCCCCCAAUAUACACCAACAAGUCUCACCAGAGACACAGCUGUCCGGGAUGACUAACAGUCCGACCACACGACAUCUCUACCCGAUCGUCAUCAACAGGCUCGCUGACGAUGCAGUCGAAUACUUCAAGAACUUUCCGCGCAUCAAAAUGUGCCGUUGCACUAGUUGCAGGUUGAUCGCAGAUUUCAGGACCUGUAUAAUCUCCUCGAAGCCGGGGCGGAACACUGGAUACUGGGUGUUUCGAGUGCCCUCAAUCGACGCCGGAAUUUUGAUCUUCGCGUCUCCCAGUCGCAAAAACGGAGCAACCAACGUUUGGCAAUGUAUUGGCUUUGGUGACAUCGAAUCGGGUAGCCGGGGCAAAAUGCGACUGAAUCUGUGGCCUCCGCCCGGCGGGAAAGGGGCGGCGAGCCUCAUAGACAGCUCUGACGAGAACGCAAGACUGCGCAGAGACACACUGGAAAGCCAAGGGUCGACCGUGAUGAAAGUCGGGGCGAAAGUGCUGUUGGAUUUGUUGAGAUAUGACCGCAACCCGACGCAUCACGGUGCCAAGUGGGAAACGUACGAGAAUCCAGACUUUAAAGAUUGA